AUGCCACAAACUCAGAAAACCAAGCCGAUACGUUUCGUCAAUACCCAUCCCGUGUCCAAGAGCAGGAAGAAAUAUUCUCGUCUGAUCGUAGGGCAGCAGAUCAAGGAACGUCCAGACUCAGAGACGAGGCAACGAGUUAGCACGCAGAGCUUUUCUGUACCACAGAACGAAGUCGAUAACGAUGAAGAAAAUAAUGCUGCAUUCGUUGAUGACGAGGAUUUUUUUGGCCAAGAACCGACAGUCUCAAGGUCGCCGUUUCGUCCAACUAGCAGUCAAUCGACUUCAAUCGUCAACUUAGGGGCGGGCAAUAUUGAUCCCUUUAGAACGUAUCCAUCAAAAGUGCCGUCGGCUACAGUUAAUAAGUGCUUAUCAUAUUCACUAUCAUUAAUCCUGCCUAAUAUAACACCGCGAGAUGCGCAGGGAAAGAGUCUAGCUGCAUCACAUUGGUAUUCGUUAUCAUUUCAGGACCCCGUUUGCUUGUCGGCAUUUCUUUUUGGCUCUUCACUGCACAAGCGAGUACGAUAUCUGAGCAGCGGAAAAACCAUUGAUCUGCCUAACAAUUAUGAAGAGCGAGAAAUGAGGGCUUUGGAGCUUCAGUUGAUACAAGGUGUCAACAAAGCUAUCACGGAUUCUUCGCGAGCAACGUCGGAUGCAGUGAUCAUGGCUAUUAUGACCCUUGCGCAUGGCUCCUCUGAUGACCCGCGGUGGUAUGUUGAGCAAACGUCUCCAUUUCAGGCACCUCUCAAAAGUCUGCAAUGGCUGGACGCAUAUGCGUUCUUUGAAAUGAAUCUGAUCCACAAUGCGGGUCUGCUGCGAAUUAUUUCUCUGAGAGGCGGAUUGACAAAUAUCAAAUAUCCAGGACUGGCUCCGGUGCUAUCUCUAUCGGGCAUUAUAUAUGCCAGUAAGACAUUAACCCGCCCAGUGAUGCCUUUCAUAAGAAUGCAUGACGGCUUCUACGCAGAACAAGAGGACCAAGAUCUCGAGACGAUAGAGAAUCGUUUCAAUGAUUUGUUGGGGAUAAGCCUGCCCCUAGAUUUGUGUAAGGUGUUUCAACGCAUGCAGAAUUAUCUUCACCUUCUGGAGCAGUACACCGAGGGAACACUGCCUCAAGUAGAUUUGUGUUUGAUUGCCGAUAAGCGCAACUUCACUCAACAUAGUCUGCUAUCUCUUCCAGCUGCAGGUGAGUUUACUGAGCCGUACCAGAUGGCUUAUCCAUGGUAUGAGACAAUCCGGCUUGGAUGCCUUAUAAUCGGUAUUGGUGUUAUCUUUCCACUACCUCCGCGAGCAGCACCGUUACAUCUUCUUGCUCGAAAGCUUAAAGCGGAAUUGGAAGUUAUCCUCCAGCGAGCCGCUCAUCAAUUUGUCUCCAAGACACUUCUUUGGGGAGUUGUUCUCGGUGGUGUGGCAGCAAGUGGCAUAGAUGAAAGAGCGUGGUUUGUCUCUACGCUGCGAGAUAUUGCACCGCUGAUGGGUCUCUCGAGCUGGCAUCAAGUCAAGACCACUCUGGAUCAGAUCCUGUGGCUCGGAAGUGCUUGCGAUUCCGCGGGACGAGCACUCUGGGAUGAUACAGAACUCUUCAGUGACAUCUAG